AAUUCAUUGUUAUUGUUUUAAUCUUUUUUUUGAUUACGAUUUUUUAAUCACUGAGAUAAUUUUAAUUCUAUCAAUUUUUAACCUUUUCAAUUCUUAAUUCACCGAACAACCUGUUAAUCUAAACCAAUUCAGCUAAUUUUGCUCUUCAAAUAGCUUAAUUAGCUAUCCUUUCGUAUUAUAUGUGCAUCAACUUUGAAAGUCAUUUUUUUAAAUUUGUUUGUUGAUUUUUUCUCUCUUUAAUUUUACUAAUAAUCCUUUGGUUUGUGUAUGAUAAUUGAUUGUUUUAAUUGUAUAAUUGGAUUGCUCAACAAGUUGGUUGUUUAACAACGUUUGAUUUGUUUCUCUCUUUAGCCGAUUAUCUUAACUAAAAGCUGAAGUUGAGUCGGCGGAUUCUCAUAGUGUCCUUUGUGUUUGUGUCUCUUUUUGCUUGCCUUUAAAUAACGUCCAUUUGUUGGUCUGUGCUUGUUGACACUUUCUCGCUCGAUUAGUUGACUUAUUCUUGUGUUCUUUUUACUUUUGUAUAUAUACAAAUCUGUUGAGUAAAAUGGAGACAAAUCUGUCACAGCCCAUUUAUUUCCUUCAAACCGCAAAGGUUUCUGAUAAUAUGAAACAAGCAUUUACCUCUUUAAAUCGGGAAUUUUUGAAACCAACUUGGAUUAGUUUUGAAAAUGUGGAAAGAUUGGCCGAUCAAUCUCCAGGAUCGGUAUUGGUUAUUGACGCGAUCGACUCAAGAGAAGCGAAAAAGAUCCGAUCUAUGUGUUCCCAGAAAUUCAAAGAAAAUCGUGAUGUUAGCCCUAAAUACAUCGCCUUAAGAGUCUUUACCGCUUUCGCACUUCUUUCAAUUAACCCAAGGGAAAUUAAACAUCUACCACUAUCAAAGUAUCCAAUUACCAGUAUUUGCAUGAAGAAUUGUCAUGUUACCGUUUCUGGUUUUGGACUUAGGAGAGGUAAACAAAUCUCCAAGAGGCUGUUCAGCAUGGGGGCUCCAGUGAAACGUGGCCUACAUGAACGGACUCGUUUUGUUAUUGCCGAUAAUUGGACCACUGCUAAAGUUACUCAUUUACGACGCUUUUGUGAUGCCCCCUGUAUAAUUAAACCUGAAUGGGUUGAAAGGUGCUGGGAAAUGAGGGAAAAUCUUAAAGAUGCCAAAGAGAUAGUUGAUCAAUAUAAACUCCCGAUUUUCGCUGGGAUGCAUUUCUGUCUUUCUGGGUUUGACACCAAUACGAGGACUAAAAUGGUUAGAACCAUAAAAGAAAAUGGUGGUACCUAUUGUAAAGGUUUACAGUUACCAAAGUACAAAUUUCCAGGAGAAACUCAAGUUCAUUCACGAAGUGAAUUGGGAGCAUCUACUUCUCCUUACACUACUCAUUUAAUUGUUUCUGAAAAAAAAGGUCCCAAGUAUGAGGCAGCCAUGAAGCUUGAUGAUCCACAGCAUCAAAUAUACAUUGUGAAUUUGGAUUGGUUGAUUGUUUCCAGAGAUUAUCAUUUUCCCCAACCCGAAAACGAUCCUCGAUUCUGUGCCCGUGAUAAAGAAGCCAUUUUGGAAAUAAAGAAAGCAGAGUUUGAACGAAAUUUCAAAGCAGUAUUAGAACUAACUCAAAGACCAAAUGGUAGUAUGCACCGAAAUUCAGUCGAGAAUUCUCAAGAAAUCCAAAAAACACAAACAUCUUUGGAUCCAAAUGUUGAAUUACAACAAUUACUCAAUUCAUCGCCUAUUUUGGACGCUGAACGCGACAAAAUCUUUAAAGAUCUUAGCUUUUUCAUCUGUGGCUUUGCUCCUGCCGAUCAGGCAAAUAUCAAGAAAUACAUUUCUCGUUGUGGUGGAACUGUUUAUACCGAUCUUGUCGCUACAGUUACUCAUGUUAUCUGCGGACAUCAAAUGGCCAGUAAAGACGCUUUGUCCAUAAGAAGGCACCAUGACAAAGUUCGUCCCAUUUGUAAAGUUAACCUUGAAUGGUUAUUAAACUGUGUUCGAGGUAACGUUCUCCUACCUGAAGCGAUUGAUGCACCAAUUGAAAAGUUUCUCAAUCGAAUCCAAUCAACCCAAGACUUGGAUCAAGAUGAGCGGAUGGAAAUAUUUAGAGCUCGAGCGGAAACAAAAGCCACUGACAUGGACAAUAAAUUAAAAGAACUCGAGGCAAUCGAAGGAUCAAAUGGAAAUCGUCCUAAUGGUAAAAGGAGAUUAAGAAUUGGCGGUGGCAAUUCACCAAUCAAAAUAACCAAAAUCACUAAUCACAAUGAAACAAUUGAUUCCACUCCUUGUCCUAUUCUUUAUCGAUAUGAAGACCUUUGAUAAUUUCAUAAAUGACUUUUUCUUAUUCUUUCUCUUUCUUUUUUCUCAAAACAAUUUGUACCUGUUAAUUGCCUUAUUAUGAAUCACCUUGUUAACAAUUUAUUUGAUUCAGUUAUUAAAAUUUUUCUCUGACUCACAAAA